UGAUCCAUUCCUUUCUAUUCAACAUCUUUCUUCCCUUUCUGCAGCGAUCUUUCUGCUGUAAAAAUAAAUUCACGUUGUUGUUGUUAAUCCUGAUAUUCGAUGCGUACAUUUGGAGACUAAAGAACAAUGUAUUAACUUAGACUUGCAAUCGGUAGUGACAAACUCUUUAUCGCUGUAGUGAAAUCCUGUUUGUUUGCGAGUUGGCAGCAUACCUAGUUACGAAGCGGCGUCAUUGAAAUGAGAUUUUCUGAAGCUUUUACAAGCUAUUCAUAGUUGCAAGUUGCAAGAAAAUAGAAAUCCUUGCGUGUAUGGCAGUAAAUUCAUCAUUACCAAAAGAUAGCAAAUUAUAGCGAAUGGCUAUAGGUUUGGUCAAAUGAAAAGGAAGCAAUGCGUUCCUGUUACAUGGAAAUCAGACAGCUGUGCUCACUGAGCCAGCAGUAAAUUUUUGUCAUCUUCGCCUUCGUUUUUGUGUUGUUGGAAAAGAACAGAUGUUUUCUUUAUACACAAAGAAUAUAUGAACUAGAAGGAAUAGGAGGAAAAUAGCAACAAAAAUGUCGUAUUCCGUAGUAGAAUACUAUGGCGAAAAUUCAAAGUAUCAGUGUGGAUAUUGUAAGCAGUCGAGUUCGUGCUCAUCUUACGGGAUGUGGGCUCAUAAGCUUAGUUGUCAAGACUACCAGGAACUUAUUGACCGGGGUUGGCGCCGGUCUGGAUGUUACUGUUACAAACCCAUGAUGGACGUAACAUGCUGUCCCUCGUACACAAUAAAAUGUGAUGCGAUUAAUUUUCGGUUGAACAAGUCUCAUAAAAAAAUCAUAAAACGAAUGAACAAGUUUUUGCGAGACGGAUUAAAGGAAACGUCCGAGCAGGAUGCCCAAUCGAACAUCGACGAAAUAGCUACCCAUGAUGGGAGUGCAUGUGAUCAAGAGCAUACAGAAGUUCCUAGCAUGCAACCGCGCGUACUGGAUCCGGAUCUGUUGAAUACGCUUACACACGUUAACAGCGAAAAGCGAUCUCCUUCUGCUGAUGACAAAACGAGCGCAUUACCUAUCCCUCCCUUAAGUGGGGUGGUAAAUACAUCAACGCAUACGAGCGAUUCAAGCAUAAGCAAUCAGCCAAAGAAAGCAAAACUAAGGCGCAUUGAACGCAAGCGUGAAAAAUUGCAGAAAAAAGGACUAUCUGGCCCAGACAUUGAACAGCUGAUGCAAUCCAAUAACCGAAAAAGUGCCGAAAAAUCCUUAGAGGAGUUUCUUUCUGAAUCCCCGCAGGAUAAUGACAGUCCAGCGCAUCGUUUAAAGGUAAAACAAGUAAAUGCAAAUGAUGGUGCUACCGCCGCAACAUUUAAACUUUAUAGUUUAUACCAACAAAGCAUCCACAAUGAUCCAGCAUCCAAAUUGAGCAUGGAUCGCUUUAAGCGGUUUCUUAUCGUGACGCUUCUUACUUCGGGAGCAAAAUUCCAAGAGAGCUUGCAUGUUUCUUUUAAUCUGUAUAAAAAGUAUCAGACGGCCAUUCACAAUGACCCACCCGGUGCGAUUGAAGACUAUCUGGACUUUUUGGUGAAAUCGCCAUUAAAGCCUUUCCAAGGAUUCGGGACUUUUCAUCAACAGUAUUGGCUGGACGAUCGUUUGAUAGCUGUUGGAGUAAUUGAUGUGCUACCCAAUUGCGUAAGCUCGGUGUAUUUCUUCUACGAUCCUGAAUAUAAAUUUCUAUCGCUUGGUACUUAUGGAUCAUUGCGUGAACUAGCGUAUACACGCUCGCUCUAUAAAGAAUAUCCUAGCAUUUCAAACUAUUACAUGGGGUUCUAUAUUCACUCUUGUCCUAAGAUGCGUUACAAAAGCAAUCUGCAGCCUUCGUAUUUACUUUGUCCGGAAGCAUACACAUGGCAUUUGCUUGAUAGAACAGUUGUAGCGAAGCUAGAUGCCAGCAAGUAUAGCCGGCUUAACGAUGAUCCUACAGCGCAAGAUACAAACAAAGCUACCGAGCAGGACGUAAACGAUGUGCUCCUAAUUUUUGGUAGAUCCUGCAUGACUUAUACUCAGUAUCUGACGGUCGUGGGCAAGGAAUUGCCUAUAUUGUUUGAAUAUGCUCGCCUGGUGGGAAAAAGUUGCGCAAAGAAAAUGAUGCUUUAUAGGGUAUAGAAAUGUGCAUGACACCGAAGAAUGAUGAAAACUGCAUUGCUUGCAUUAGCUGUUCCUUAAAGUGUGUUGAAUUUCAAAUAAAACCUAAAUGGAAUGUUUACUGAA